AUGCCAGUUAAUGGGUCUCGCUUACCUUACUUAGUUCAGUCGCAGGCUCGAUCUCUGGCUCGUCCAAAUACUAUCCUUCCCUAUCGCUGCCUUGUGCACAGGACGAUAUGCCAUCAUGCUCAACCGCGACGCGUCGCAGCUCCGCAGCUCACCACGGUCUUCCACAACCAGCGACGGUCAGCUAAAACAAAGUCCACGGUAAAACUCAAGGACCUUCCUCAAGGCGCGGUAAAAUUGGAGCCAUAUCAAGAUGUUGUGGAGGAUACGCCCCGAUAUCCAACGGUUGUUCAGGGACACCGCAAUAACAUGCAAAAGUUCAAGAACUGUGUUGUCCUAACUAGGGUUGGAGGCUUUUACGAGCUCUAUUUUGAACAAGCCGAGGAACUUGCCCCGUUACUCAAUUUAAAGCUUGCGACCAAAAAAACCAGUGCCGGUCCUGUUCCUAUGGCCGGCUUCCCAUUCUUCCAGCUAGAUCGCUUCCUCAAGAUUCUCGUCCAGGAUCUGAAUAAAUUUGUUGCGAUUAGUGAAGAAUUUGCCAUUAGCGCAGAGGAGAAAGCUCGGUCCGGUAUGCUUUUUGACAGAAAAGUAGCGCGGGUCAUCACGCCAGGCACCCUGAUCGAUGAGAAGUUCAUGGAUCCGUCUGAAAACAACUUCCUAAUGGCAAUCUAUCUCAACCCGUCAGAUCUGGGGAUGCACGCCAGAGGCAGCGACGAAUCCUCUUAUCAGCAUAUACUUACGUCCGCCUCGCAGAAUGUCGGCUUGGCCUGGCUGGACCUCUCCACGGGCGAUUUCUACACUCAAUCUACUACAGCACAGAUGCUUCCAUCUGCAAUCGCAAGGAUAGGUGCUCGAGAAAUCCUCGUAGACCAACGUCUUCAGGAUCUGGCCGGACAAGAGCUGCAGCUGCUUAUCGGCCACGAACAUCGGCUGAUGACAUGUUUCAGUUUCCCUGAAAAGAUUUCGCCAGUUUCAGACUGGGCGUCUAUGCUGGAAGCACCUCUUCCAUCCACAUCGAUCGACGCCUUCAGCCAGGAGGAAGUUGCGGCGGGCUACAGUCUGCUAGAAUACAUCCGGGUCCAGUUGCAGGGUCUUAAUCUAAAGCUGCAACCCCCUCGCCGCCGACAUCUAAACGAAUCUAUGAGCAUUGACCUACAGCUGUUGAAACGCAGUUACGAUGCCCAACGUUUGGUUCAGAAAUUUACUCUUGGGAAGGGAGAUGCAGAUGAUUUGAUCUGCCUUUCAAAGUCUAUAGAAGCCUCAAAGAAUGUCAAGCGGCUAUUAUCGGCCGCGAGUAACGCAAGCUCAGAGUAUUCUCGGAAAUCACUUCAGAAAAUGGUUGAUCAACUCUAUCUAGAUGGGCCAACGCUAUUGGCUGACAAGAUCCUGUCCGCAAUUGACGAAGAAGGGCUAUUGCAGAAGCAGCGUAUCGAGGAAGACACUGCAGCUGAAGCCGCUAUUCUAGCCCAAGAGGUUACCCUCAAUGAAGGCGCAGCGGCUGAUCUUGCCAGUUUGCCAAAGAAAGUCCGGGAAAAGACCACUGAGCGCACAGCAACCGACGAAUCCUCCCCUGACGAGACGUGGAUUAUGCGACGAGAUGCAAGUCCUGCGCUGAAAGAACUCCACCGGACACUAGAUGAGCUGCAGAAUGAAAAAUCGAAACUCGGCCAGUAUCUUCGUGACUCCGUCGGAUCCUCCGCCAUCACGCUCAAAUGGACGCCUGGUUUGGGACACAUAUGCCAUGUCAAAGGCGCAAAAGUUUCCCAACAGCAGUUAGAAGACAUAGGCGUGACGCGCAACGUCUCGUCAACAAAGUCAACCCGGUCCUUCUACCUCCCGGCUUGGACCGAACUCGGCGGCCGAAUGGAUCAAAUAAAGGUCCAAAUUCGGCAGGAGGAGCAAGCCAUCUUCGAGCAGUUACGCCGCGAAGUUAUCUUGAACCUGGUAAAGAUUCGCCGCAACGCCUCAGUCAUGGACGAACUCGAUGUCGCUUGCUCAUUUGCCACCCUCGCAGCCGAACAACAACUCGUGCGUCCCAUCCUCACUGAAGGCACAAACUACAAGAUCAUCGGCGGCCGCCAUCCAACCGUGAAACUCGGCCUUGAAGAACAAGGCCGCCGCUUCGUCAGCAAUGACUGCUUCUUGGGCGAAUCCGAGCGCAUCUGGCUUAUCACAGGCCCCAACAUGGCCGGGAAAAGCACAUUUCUGCGCCAAAACGCGCUUAUCACCAUCCUGGCGCAAGUGGGCUCCUUUGUGCCAGCUGACUACGCUGAGAUCGGCAUUGUCGAUCAGAUUUUCAGUCGUAUCGGCGCAGCAGACGAUCUCUUUCGCGAUCAGUCAACGUUUAUGGUCGAGAUGCUGGAGACAGCUGCGAUCCUCAAACAAGCGACGGCAAGGUCAUUUGUGAUCAUGGAUGAGGUUGGACGUGGGACGACGCCGGAGGAUGGCACCGCGGUUAGUUUCGCAUGCCUGCAUCAUUUGCAUUAUCGGAAUCAAUGCCGGACACUGUUUGCGACGCAUUUCCACGGACUGGCUGAUAUGACGCAAGAGUUUCCUGCGCUGGGAAGGUAUUGCACCGACGUUAAGGAGACGACUGAGGGGCGGUUUUCUUUUGUCCACAAGUUGCGGAAGGGCAUAAAUCGGGAGUCACAUGCUCUGAAAGUUGCGCAGCUGGCGGGAUUGCCUAGCGAGACGCUGGAGCUGGCGCGAAGCGUUCGUGAUAGUAUCCGCGGCGAAGCCUCUCGACUGACAACGGCCGCCUUUUCUUCUGCGUCAUAA